AUGCCCCCUCUCUCCAGUGCCAAAAGUAAAGACUCGAAGGCUUUGGAGAGCCUUGUUGAGCAGCUCAAAGCGCUCAGCGACGUGGCGGAAGCGAGAGGCGAUGCCUGUAAUGCUGGAAUGCGGGAGCUGUCCCAGAGGAAGAAGGAACUGUUUGAAUAUCAAAGGGAGCGUGAACAGAUAGGACAUAGUUCAGAGAAGCUGAAAACUAAAAGAGAAGCUGACGUGGAUGAUGACGAGAGCCGUGCUUCAAAGGGAGCAAAGCUGAAGAAACGAAGGGAUAAAGGAACUUCAAAGGAUGAACGACCUCUUGCAGUUGGAGCACACGGUGUGGCACGGCAAGAUGCCUUUGAACUGAGAACCGACGCUCACCUAAAGCGAAGCAGCAAAGACGCGGCAGGGGGCUCGUCGUCUCCAAGCAAGAAAGUUAAGAAUCCACCAUCUGCGGCCUCUUCUCUCUCGCCUCCUUCAAUGACCUCCCCCAAGCCCAGCGAACAGACAUCAAGGCCUGGAUCCGCAGGAUCUGCAGGAAGCAAUGACUCUCAUCAGCCAGAGCCUGCUCCCGCUAUACCUCAUUACCAGGUAUUCGGGCCGGACCCAUUAAGAUUCGAUGACCCCACGAUUUACCACAUUCGGGAGGUUACUCCUGGAAUGACGGAUGAUGCUAAAAAGGAGAUUUACUGCGUGGCAGGGUUUCCGCAAAGCGAUUUGAGCCAUAUGAUGGCAGGAACUAUCCCAGAUAAGGAUUUCAGCAACGCGAAGCCUACUAAUCAAGUCAGCGCCAAUACCUUUGCAACAUACAUUGAGCCAUACGUCCGGCCCUUGACUGAGGAGGAUAUUGCAUUUCUCAAAGAAAAGGGCGACCGUGUUACUCCUUUCCUCAUUCCCCGUCGUGGCAAGAAGCACUACUCUGAAAUAUGGGCUGACGAAGACGGUUCAAUAACCAUUGAAGCUUCUCAUCAAGAGCGCGAAAAAUUACCAUUGAAUCAAGGCCGUGGUAGCAUUGAACAGAUUAGCGAUGAUACCGCAGAGUCCGACCAAGUCUCGGCGCCACCGUUGAUUAGUCGCCUUUAUUCGUUGCUUCGCUUUGAACAUCGCACUCUACCAGAAGAGAAUACUGCGACACAGCCCGCAAAUCAUGAUGAAACAGCUCCUAACGGGAAUCCGAGCAAUGACAUGGUUAUGGAUAUAGAUCAGCCCAAUGGAGAGCCUGAAAAUAAACCGUUGAACUCUGCAACGGCUUUUCCAGAUGCAUCUCCGAACGGGUUUAAAGUCCCAGCGGCUAAGCUUGAUCAUUCUCAACUCGAUGAGCGCCUCAAAGCUGAAUUACGCUAUAUUGGGUUUUUGGGUCCCGAUGAAAACCCAGACUAUGAUGCUCAUUACGACGAUGAUGUCGCUGAGCGCCUUCGGUUUCUUCAAAGCGAGUUGAAAAAACAAAUGAUUGUAAAUGGCGCACGCAAAACCCGUCUCCUUGAAAUCGCCCGCGAGCGCCUAGCGUAUCAAGAGUACACCACUAUCCAUGAUGACCUUGACUCCCAAGUACAGCAAGCUUACCUUAAGCGGACUCGCACACUUGGUAAAAGCAAAAAGGGAUCACAGGCUAAACACCGUCCCGGCGGCGCGGGCGGAGGCAGCCACCCUGUCAAUGGACCUGGCGUCGGCCGACCUGGAAUCGGCGACUUGGCUCGUACGCUCAUGGACCGUCGAAAGCGGUGGGCGGAUUGUAUUGGGCCGGUCUUCAAAGAUUGUAAGACCACUGUUCCUGGAAAAGACGAGUCGGUCUGGGAUCCCAUGAUUAUGGCGGAAUUUGAAAAGGCAGAAAUCGAGGGAUGGGACGAAGAGCAAGAAUGA